ACUAUUCGGAAAUUAAUGAGAAAGUUUAAUUUCGAAUAUUGCAAAAGUUACUUUUAUUUACGAAAUUGCCACAAGGGCAAACUUGUAAUUUUGCCUAGACUAAUAAAUAUCCUAAGUCUUCUUCCCCACUUCAUUUCCAGCAAAUUUCUUUUACCUCCAUUGUUGAAUGCUCUCAACUCACCAUUUACCCUUAGCUAUAUUAUUCAUUUGUUAUUUCUCAAUAAUUCCUUAACGAAAAACGUUGGAAAUCACCCGCUAAUUACUAAUCUACAAUUGCAUGUAGGAUCAAGAUUCGACAAGUUGUCGAGCUAUCGAGUCGGAGGACCAAGGGAAUUAACGGAGUUGUUUAAAGGAGCAUUGACGGAGUAAUACCGUAGUUAAACGAUUUCUGUGAGUACA